CCAAAGACCUGCGGCCUCGGCCCCUCCAAAGAGCCGGGAGAUGACGGGAAAAGCAGGGGAAGUGGUGAGCAAGCCCAGAGCCGAGACAGUGGCCAAGAGUACUUCGGGGGGCGCCCCGGCCAGGUGCACCGGCUUCGGCAUCCAGGAAAUCCUGGGCUUAAACAAGGAGCCUCCCAGCUCCCACCCGCGGGCCGCCCUCGACGGCCUGGCCCCCGGGCACUUGCUGGCGGCGCGCUCUGUGCUCACCCCCGCAGGAGUGGGCGGCAUGGGGCUGCUGGGGCCCGGGGGACUCCCUGGCUUCUACGCGCAGCCCACCUUCCUGGAAGUGCUGUCCGACCCGCAGAGCGUCCAUUUGCAGCCGCUGGGCAGAGCGUCCGGGCCGCUGGACACCAGCCAGACAGCCAGCUCGGAUUCUGAAGAUGUUUCCUCCAGCGACCGAAAAAUGUCCAAGUCGGCUUUAAACCAGACCAAGAAGCGGAAGAAGCGGCGACACAGGACAAUCUUUACCUCCUACCAGCUAGAGGAGCUGGAGAAGGCAUUCAACGAGGCCCACUACCCAGACGUCUAUGCCCGGGAGAUGCUAGCCAUGAAAACGGAGCUGCCAGAGGACAGGAUACAGGUCUGGUUCCAGAACCGCAGAGCCAAGUGGAGGAAGCGGGAGAAGUGCUGGGGCCGGAGCAGCGUCAUGGCGGAGUACGGGCUGUAUGGCGCCAUGGUGCGACACUCCAUCCCCCUGCCAGAGUCCAUCCUCAAGUCCGCCAAGGAUGGCAUCAUGGACUCCUGUGCCCCAUGGCUACUGGGGAUGCACAAAAAGUCGCUGGAGGCAGCAGCUGAGUCGGGGAGGAAGCCCGAGGUGGAACGCCAGGCCCUGCCCAAGCUCGACAAGAUGGAGCAGGAGGAACGGGGCCCCGACCCUCAGGUGGCCAUCUCUCAGGAGGAACUGAGGGAGAACAGCAUUGCGGCGCUCCGAGCCAAAGCUCAGGAGCACAGCACCAAAGUGCUGGGGACUGUGUCUGGGCCGGACAGCCUGGCCCAGAAUGCCGAGAAGCCUGAGGAGGUGGCCAUAGAAGAAGACAGGCCCAUGGAGAAGCUGAGUCCACCACAGCCUGAGGACAUGGCUUAGGUCGAGGGGCACUCAGACUUAGAGGCCCAGGACUCUGCUCUUCUCAGGGCCUGGGGUGCUGGGAGGUGUUCUUCAGGGCAGGGCCCAGGCCUGGUCUCUGCUGCCCUCCCCUGGCCUACAGAACCCCGUUACUCCUUGGGUGACUCCAGGCACAGCUCGGUGCUGGCCGAGGCUUUGGACCAUGCUGAAACAUCUGUCACCUAGUCCUGAUCUCUCUGGCAUCCUCCUCCUCGUCCCAGAAGCCUUCUUGCUGCCCAAAACCACCUCCUUGAGCCGCUCUCACUCAAUCCUUUGACAACUCUCACUGUCCAAAUCCUCCCCUCCCUCUGAUUCUUCUCUAAAGAGCCCUCCUUCCCAGCUCUGCAUCUCUGUAGAUUCUGUUCCACCCAUGCUUGUUGCUGCAAACGCAUUACGUGCUGCAGCCAUGACCCUGACUGAGGACCUGCCCUCCAGCUCCAGUGCCCGGAAUACCCAGUCCUCAGCAAAAGUCUACUUCCAGCUCU